AUGACUUGGGUUAAGAAAAAUAAUCAUCAAACAGGCGAAGAACAAGAAUCAGAUUUUGUAACUACACAAGAAAAUAUUUUUAAAACAUAUAUAAUUGGUACUGGAAUUACUUAUGGCCAUGAAGAAAGUGCUUUUCAUCACGUUUUCAAAAGUGCUUUGAUCAAUCCUAAAGAAAUAUUUAUUUCAAUUUUAAAUCAUAGAGUACCCAUGUUUCACAUAGAUGAGUUAGCCAAGUUAGUUUUUAUUAUAUCUAAGUAUGAUGAUCGUGUUAGAGGCAACUAUGUAUUAGCCAUUGAACAAAAAUCUUAUGGUUUUAAUAAUAUAAUAAAAUCAUUAUGCAAUGAAUCUUGUAGUUCACAUUUGGUUUUAAAAGAAGACCAUUUAAUUAUAAGAAAAUAUAAGUUUGACGAUUUUACAUGGGAUUUAAUAUGCAGUGAUUUAAUCAUUGAUCCCAUGUUAGACAUAAUUAUACCUGAUUAUCAUAUACGUAGAACAUCAAUAGUAUCUAAUAUGAAAGAAUCAAUUAGUGAAUUUGUAGAAGCAAACAAUUUUUAUUUAAUAAAAUUAAUAGUAUCAGGACAAGUACAACAUGUUGUUAAUGAUAUUGCAAAAAUUCUAGCUCAAUAUUAUCAAAUAAAAAAAUAUUCUUCUACUGAAAAAAUUAUGGAAGAUAGUAAUCAAACAUUUGCUGUUAGAGAAACUUCAGGAAUAAGCAUAAAAACUAAAAGCACAGAGUUAGAAUAUACUGAUUAUUUCCAAGAAGAAUUAACAACUGGAAAAAUGACUGACUUACAAUAUAAUCAUUAUAUGAAUUCUAUAACAACUCAAAUUGGACAUACACAUAACAAAAUUGAUUUACAAGAAAUUAUUAAAAACUUAAGACAAAAAACAAUAACAAACACUCUGAAGAAAUCAAAUACCAUAUUCAAUAAAUUGAAAAUAAUGAAGGAACAGUGGGAAAAUAAUAUUAUUGCAAAUCAAAAAUCUAAGGAAAAACAAGAAAAUAGAAUGUCAGUAAAUACUCGUACAUAUUUAAGAUUAAAUUUUUUACCAGUACUCAUGAAAGAAAUAUGUUUGAUUGAUAAUGGAGCUAUUUAA